GACAAGAGAAGAGCAGGGUGAAAGCUCGGGGCGCUAACGUGCAGGCCUGACAGUCAGUGCGCAGCAGCAGCAGCAUCCUUCAAAGCCUACUGGGGGGGGGUGGCACGAUAGAGUCGACGCACUAGAAGUGACCUGCACUCGAGGCCGCUAUACCGUUACCAUCUUGAUAAAUAUGACUGAGGCGUUCCCCUAGCCUAGUCAUCCAGCUCAAGCCUGGAUAUCACCACCGUGCGCCGCGUCUUCCUUCCUGCUACCGCCCGUCUUGAUUGCAUUUCUUGCUACAUUAGCGACCACAACAGUAGAGGCGCAGCAACAAAAGGCCCUUCUUACCCAGCUGGCAGACGUUGUUGUCAUGUCUAUUAUACUUGAAGGUGCUAUCCUCCCUCCGCAUCUUCUCCAAGACAAGCCAGCCUCGUGGCCAAGUCCCUAUUACCCUCAGUACUACCCCGCGCCCGGCUCCUCACCUCCCUCAAUGUCUCCACAGUCGCAUCACUCGUACAUGCCACACCUACCAGAAAGUCCUCUUCCUUCUCAAGAGCUGAAUAGUCAGCCGACUCCUGGCUGGUGCCCCUCGAUUUCAGCCCCAGAGUACCAUAGCGAGACCAGCUAUGUCUCGUAUCCCCACUAUGUGCCUCCGCAUACAUCAACUAUCAACCUAUCGCAGCCCGCCCCUACGCUUCAAUACUCAACGAGGGCUCCAGUUUCCGCUACGCAGCCAUCAGCAGCCAUCUCUCCAGGCACGGUCUACUCCCGGGACUCAGUAGUACCAGAGUCUACACGUCCUUCAGAAGAGCCUCAGUCUGACGCAAGAAGUGUGCCUCGUCAGUCCACGUCUCGUUUUAGGAGACAGUCCCGCCUCAUGGACCGGUCUCACAGUAACUUAGACUCACUGCCUUCAGCAGCAGUAGACGGCCCAUGGAUGAACGCACUAGGCAUCCACUCAAGCCACGAUGCAUACUACUCAGCAUUCCCGACUCACAGUCCACAGUUGAGUGAACCGUCAACAGAACUAUCAUCUAACCAGAUGACCUCACCACAACCGCGACGCUUGUACACACCAAUCGCCCCUCUACCCCUUGAGACACCUCGGUCGCAUGCAACCAAGAGGUACCGGGAAGACGACGAAGAAGAUGAGCCUAAGCGAAGAAAGCGAUCAGACUCGCAGAUGUCAACGCAGUUCGAGCUCAGUGAGGAAGACAGACUACUGCUACGGCUCAAAGAAGAUGAAAACAUGCCGUGGAAGGACAUCGCAGCGCGCUUUCUGACAGAUCUCAAUAAGAAUUAUCAAAUACCAGCAUUGCAGAUGCGUAUCAAGCGACUGAAAGAGCGCAUGCGCAUAUGGGCCGAUGCAGACGUUCAGGCACUGCGCAAGGCACAUGAUUACUGGGCAUCAAGCAAGUUCGAUAUCAUCGCACAAAAGAUGCAAGACUUUGGUGCUACAGAGAAAUGGACAGCACGACAAUGCUCACGCAAAUGGCAGGAGGUCGAUCCUGCGCCCAUUCCAUAUGCCCAAUUUGAGCACCACAUCCAGCAGGGCUUCGCUCCCUACGCGAUGAGCCCCAUCGAGCCGUCGCAUAGCAACUACUUCCUGCACACCUAGUCAGCCUCGCGUACGGCUGAGGGAUGCGAGUGAAUCAUCCUGUAUCGUCUUCUUCUUGUUCUUUCAACUGGGGAUUGUCACAUAUGGACACUGUUCAAACGCUCUCGCGAUGCGGCACAGACACAUGGCGUUUAGCAAAAUCGGGCGGCUUGCAUAGGGAUUUGGGGCUCAGCAACAUUGAGGCAGCAGCGCGCAACGC